AUGGAUCCUUCUUCUGGCUCCGUCCGAGGAAGGGGGGAAGCCUCAGGAGAUUCUGGCUCCCCGAGACUAGCAAGCGUUGACCCGAGCCAUGCCGGCGGUUCUAAUCACGAAGGUCCGCCACAGAGAACACCGUCACUAAGCAAUAUGAACAAGUCUGCACACCGGCAAAGUUUUGCAGAGAACCUCCGAAAUGUUCCUCCAUCUCCCCGCCACCGACACCCUUCUUUUACUCAGGCGGCAGUUCAAGAGCUGUUGAACCAUCCACCAUCGGGGCAAAGGCAUACAAACCCCAAGUUUGCUGGAAAGGAAUGGGUCGAAAUAACAGUCGGAGAGCUAGUUUCACCGGACGAUGUGAAAUGGGUUGACAUGGACAGUAGUGUGGAAGAGGCUACAAUGGCCUUGUUGAAAAGCAAAACAAAUGUAGUCCUUGUGCGAGAAUCCAGCUCUUUGCCCGCUGCUGUGGCCACCUUUGACUACUCAGAUCUCAACGCUUACCUUCUAGUCGUUGUUGGCCUCUCAAAGCCCGAGACACAUCAAGUUGAGCUGUAUAACGAUAUAAUGCUUAACGCUCGGGAGGGGAAGAAUAUCUCUAUGCGACAAAUACAACCCCUGUGUAGACAAGAACCACUCGUUGGACUUCCGUCUAAUGGCAACCUGGCUCAAGCUAUCGAAAUACUAGGAAGUGGAAUUCAUCGCAUUCUUAUUACCAAUUCACUCGGCAAUGUCGUAGGAAUUAUGAGUCAGCUCUUGAUGGUUGAUUUUUUCUGGAAUGAGGGUGUCAAUUUUCCUGCCGUUGACCGCUUGUACCCUAUCAUGCUCCGAGAUCUGGGUGUAGGAACACAACAAGUUAUCUCUGUCAAUUCGGAUGCUCCUCUUGCGGAGGCCCUUAUCCUCAUGAAUAACGAAGGAUUAACCAGUGUUGCAGUCGUCGACAAUGGCCAGAAUGUGGUUGGCAAUAUCUCAACCAAAGAUGUCCGCCAUCUUACAUCUGCAUCUAGUGCACCUCUCCUUGACGGAUCGUGCAUGCAUUUCAUAUCCGUUAUUUUGAAUGAGCGGGGUGUAGAGAAAGGUCGAGAUACGUUUCCCGUUUUCUUCGUGAACACGUAUUCUACUCUUGCUCAUACCGUCGCCAAACUGGUUGCUACACGUUCACAUCGCAUGUGGGUGGUGGAAUCUGCCUCACCCUCGCCAUCAGCUCCAGCUACUCCUUUGAUGGGGCCGCAUGGCGUGGUCAGCACGCCUCAAGCUCCGAUGGCAACGCCUACAUCGGCGGUGCCUUCUGGUGCAGUGCCUGCGUCCGCCAUGCCUGGUGCACACCUCUCUGGGAAAUUGAGUGGAGUGUUGUCUUUGACUGAUGUCCUUAAUAUAUUCGCCAAGUACACUGGACUGCAUCCUGCCGAUCCUUCAGAGCAGCGAGCAAGGCGGCGACGAAGCUCGAGCAGCUCAAUUCGCCCUAGCUUGGAUUCCUCAAGGCCGAGCCUCGACUUUCGCCACUAG